GAACUGAAACAAAAAGUGAAAGACCGAAUCAAUGGAAGAGGAUUUGGAUUUUGGGAAGAAGGUUUCGAUAAACGACACAAUGGAAGUGAUUGAUCCAUCCAAAAUCGUUCAUCUGCUUCGCGAUUUUCUCGAUAUUCAACAACGCAGAGCCCAAGCUUAUUCCAAACUCAAAAGUGGUUUUUCUGACUACAUGACUUCUGGAGGAGAGUUGGCUUACCAGCAGCUUUGCAGUGGAAUCACUAAAGAGUUUAAUGAUUGCUCAAAACAAGUCCUCGAAAUAGAGUCACUAUUUCAGAGUCCUGACUAUAGCCGCGUUGAUCUAGCACAAAUCCUUAGAGCUGUUCAAGAUCAGGAAAAGCAAAAACUGCAUCUGACAGCUACCAUUCAGCUGUUAAAGAAAGCUGGUCGGCCAUCUGAACGACUGGUGAGCCAUGACAAUUGCAAAUUUACAAAGCAUACAGAGCAUGAGUGUGUUCAUGUCAAGGAAAUCACUGAAGCUUCUGGGACUGAAGAAGCAGAAGCGGAUGCCGAAUUUGAUAAUGCUCUCAACGAAGCUAUUAGAGGUGUCCAGGAUGCUGUCAUGGUCAUAAAUGAACAUCUAGAAGAAGUCAGAUAUGAGAUUGCAGCACUUGAAGCAGAGUGAGCCGCCUUUGCCGAUUCAUUACUGUAAUGAUCUGUGCUAACAAAUAUCGAUGAAAUGUACAUAGGCACCCUAAAAUGCAGUUCAUGAAUUUUGUUUUGUCACAGGCAAUUUAGAUUAAAAUAGACAAAAGAAUAUCAAGAAAAUUUAUUUACAUGUGUUUUUAAGAGUUUGUUACCUUAUGGAAGUGCAUGGUUAUUUGGAUGAGUACUCUGAUCCGAACGUCUCAAGUUUUGGUUGACUGUACUUUGUUUUUAUGAAAAACGAGUAGGGUAAUUCAUGUUCUU